CUGUGGUUUCUCUGGAAUCCGGAAUGACGUAUUUCUAUGAAGGUCUGCAAUCGCCUGCUGAACUUGGGGAUUGGCCAGGUUGAUGUUGACUUUUCGAAGGCGGUCGUUUAGGAGCUGCCUUUGCGCAUCCUGGGCCUCGCGUGCCUCUCUAGCGGCGCCAGCUUUGCUGCUUUCGGCUUGUACUGGUAGUUUUUGAUUGUGAUGGUGCUUUCGGAAUAGCCGUUGGAAGACAUGUCGGCGUUUAGCUGGCGUCGCUGAUACAACACUGAUGGAAUCCCAUGGCCCAAUAGAAUCGUCCUCGUAUAUGUCGCCAUCAUGAAUCGAAUCUCGGGGACGAGGGUCACAAUCAGGCACAAUAGGUAUCCUCUUUGUCUCCGAUUCAUUGACGAUAAUAAUAGGCAGAUAUGGCUCUUUCGAUUUCGCUGCCUCUUCAGAUGCGGCGUGCUCUGCUGUUCGCUGUGCUUCUGCAGCCUCGGCCUCUUCUCUCUUUUCGCGUUCAUAUCGGGUUUGGAGCUGCUCGAUCGAGCUUGUAAUGAUUUCCUGUAAGAGUUCUGAGUCUACUCCUUGUGUAUCACUUAUUCCUGCUGGUGGUGCGUAUGAACGCCAGUCAACUGUGCCGAUAUCCACGUCAGACACCUCAUCUUUGCUCUGAAAGCUCUUUUCUUGUCUUUCCCUCCACGACUCUUGUAGUUGUUCCAGUACAGUAUAAGGGUCCUCGUAGAGGUCUAACCUUUCGGUUGGGGCGACCGUGGCCGACAUGGCUGCCGGCUCCCUAAUGGGAACAGGCUUCCGUAAAGCGACCGACACCAUUGUAGUUUGCGUAGAGUCGGCUAGAGACUUGUAUAACGCUGGCUAAAGAUGCAUCAUGUAAAGUGCUCUAUGCAGCAGUUUUGUAGAACGAGGUCACAGUUGAAGAUUGAGGAUAAACAAUGAGUCGAAGUGUUGAGGACGAGGUAGCCUGCGUCAGUCACUUCAUCUCGCUACACCUUGCCGCCGCCAGGUACUACCGCCACAUGGCCAUGUUCGUUCCACAAACACCCUCAAGACGAGUCCUUUAGCCCAUGUGGCGGAGCUGGUAAGCCUCAUUGUUCAUUCUUGGGCUGCAAGCGACUGGGGAGGGACCCAGCGAACGAGCGGCUGAACAGGGCGGCAGCACUAGCGUCUUGUCCGAGCCCACCAAAGCCGCCUGAGCAAGGCUCACUUGCUGGGGCCUGAGGGGGAUAUGCGUUCGGUGUAAAGCGUGACACACAUUUUGAUCUGCGGAUGACAAGCGGGAAUAUGGUUGGCAGUGCAUUGAACGUCCCAUCUGGUAUCUGUGCUCGUGGAAGAUCAGCGUUCGUCGCGCGAACCCGAACCCGACCCGCUACAGGAGCUCCGCUGGACGCUACGAUAGCCCGUUUCCGCCAUCGGUCGCCGCGCUAGCGUCUUUUUGGCCUGUUAUCCCUCGGCAGCAGCCUCACUCUGUCCACUCUACAAGCCUUCCUGCAGCGAACAAAGCUUUAGCGACCAUCGGUGAAACCGCCACGGUGUGCCGUAUGCAUUCGCAGCCAUGGAUUCCGAGUCCAAUCUUCGUCCGCUAUCCAUAUUUACAGGGUAUAUGGUGCUUGCUGCUGCUCUUACUGUGAUUUGCCUCGGGACAGCAAAAAGCUCUCGAGUGGCUCUGACAAAUUCAACACGUGCCAAAGUUGCUCUAUUCUCCCUUCUGGCAGCAUUGAGCUUGGGAACAACAUGGUACUACAUGUUUGAAUUCUUCCGUUGGUCCUAUAUCGACUGGGCCACCUCUCAAUCUCCCGCAUUAGGCGCCGAGGUCUACACAUGGGCUGGCAUCCGCCUCGGUGACUGGCUCCGCCAAACUACGCUAUUCCGACAGGCUUGGGUUUCUGUGCUUUUAUCCCCCGAGAAAGCAUGGUGGUCAGUUCAAAUCUUUGGCUUCUGUGCCAUUCUCAGCGUCAUGGUCCCUGUUCAAGGGAAACAUAGAAACAUCCAAUACACAUGGGCGUUUAUUCUGCUGGGCCAAAUCGUUGCAAUCUCCUUUGCAGCGAAUCUGUUUUUCCUUGCAACACUGCUACACCGACCUACCGUGACGCAAACGAAGAAGCCAAGCAAACAGGCCUCAGAUGUUGGCCAGCUAUAUCCAAGUUCUUGGUGGAAUUCGACGGCAUUUUGGAACGGAGUCGUACUUAUUGCCACCCUCCAAUCAAGUUUGCAGGUUACGGUGUUGAUUCAAUCGCCUAACUUUAUGCUUUACUUACUUGCACCCCAUUUACUCGCAUUUGUGCCAAUCAUCUUGUCACAGUUGAUUCGCGACAAGACGCCAGAGUUGACGCUCCGCGAACCUGCAUGGUAUACCAAGCUAUUCAUUCUAAUCACAUUGAUAGCACAGCAAGUACGAGCCGUGAACUCUGCUGGAAUUGCAUGGAACGUGGUAUGGGAUGCUCUACACCAACACCCAGCAGUCAGCAGUGUGGGAUGGGAUGUUAUUUGCUGCUGGGUGAGUUUUAGCCUUUGGCAAGUUCUUGGUGAGGAAUAGGCCCCUAAAACUUGAAAUACAUCUACGUCACUUUUAUGGAACCAGCGGCCAUGUCUAUUAAAAACGCUUUUCUACUCUUGUCGUCUAAUCAGUCGUACGCCCUGAAUGGCUUCUAUAUUCUUGCGACCGCGUUGGCUCUUGCGUAUUCGACUUUAUUGGUGCUAUUAGAAAUGUUAAUAUGGAUGGAUUUAAAACCGACGCAGAUGAGUGCUACUGCUUACCAUGUACCAACGUGUUCUAAUCCAACUUCGACAAUAUCGCCAUCUUUCAACCAGACGGGAGGGGUGCGACCGGAACCAACGCCAGCAGGCCUUCGCAUUCGAGAAUUAGCGUGGGACAACAAAUUGUUAGUAUACUACUUACGUUCCAGUGAAGAUAAUAUCUCCAGGCAUAAGAGUGACGCCUCGGCUAAGGAAGGCAAUACUCUUCUUGACGCUGAAGAUCAUAUCGGCUGUAUCGCCGCUCUGUCGCAUUGUAAGCUUGAGAACAACUGUCUGGGGGCUUCCAACUUACUUGAAGAAUAUCACCGUUUAGCUUGGUCCAAAUCUUGAGCGACUGAGGAUUGCUGAUGUUUCGAGAAGAAACAAUUCCAGGCCCAAACGGUGCCCAACCGUCAAAUGAUUUGCCGAGGGACCACUGGCCACCGCCAUGCUUGAUCUGCCACUCGCGGUGGGAGACAUCAUUUCCGACGGAGUAACCCAUGAUGCAAUCAAGGGCGUCAUCCUCAGAAACAUUGGUACACUGCUUGCCAAUAAUAAUAACGAGCUCACACUCGUAAUCAAGACCCGCACCUUCCUGGGCCAUGUCAGGAAUCGGGAUGGCGUCGGAGGGGCCAGCAAGUGAAGUUGCUGGCUUGUAGAACAGCACCGGGAACUUGGGUGCCGGCAUCUUUGACUCUCUGGCAUGAUCUGCGUAGUUGAGUCCCAGGCAGCGAACAGUUCCGACAUCCGCAGGGGCAAGGGGACACAGUAAAUGUUCAAUGUCUUCAAUCUGGUCAGUUACAUGGUGCUCCCCAAAGAUAUCACCCUCGAUGAUACGAGCUGCAGUAGCUUGGGAUAUAUCAAUCGUGUCUGAAGGAAGAAUAGCAUCGCCAUAGUAAGUCUGGCCAUCAUUGGCCAUGAAGCGGACGAGCCUCUGUGAUAAGAGUUAGUAGGUCUGAGAAGGAAAUAACAUCGGUCUAAAGCCAUGAAGGAAAUAUAAGGAACGGACAGUGAAAUCAGACAUUGUAGUUUUAUUAUUAUCAAUAUAAUCCAAUAUCCACUGAAACGAGAAAUGUGUAGAGAAAAGGGGAUGCAAAGUGUUGUUCGUGUAAGAGCAAGUUGAUUAGACUGUAUGCCAGACGUGUUUUGGCGUAGAAUACAAAG